AUGCGGUUGCAGCAGAUCGCUCGCAAGGACGAGCUGGUCGAAGACGCGGUCAAACAUCUCAUAAAGUCUCGACGACAAUCCGCAGACGAUUAUAACAAGAAGCAUGCGCGGUCAAUGACCGAAGCUUUCGAGCCUGGGAUGUGGGUGCUCGUGCAUGAGACCUGGUUGGACAAUCAGCAUGGAAAUAAGGGAGCUCUUCGAUGGGCUGGUCCGUACAUGAUUCAGGAGCGACACCCGUCGGGGUCGUAUGCGAUACGAGAGUUGGAUGGAGUUGUGCUGAAAGAGGCGGUCGCCGCUAGUCGGUUAAAGCUUUUCUAUUACAGGAACGACCAUCAAGUCAUGAUGUCAGGGUUAUCAAGUGACUGGCGCGACCGAUUCCCUCCCGGCUUGCCUAGCUUUCUGUUCACUUCGUCGACAACAGCAAUCGUCGAUUUUGCGAGAAACAACGAGCUGGAAGAACUCUCGUACACAGAAGACCAUCCCACGGGCGUAACAAGGAGGAGUCGAUCCAAUUUACGAGAACUCUUACACACGCAAAUUCAUAUAUCAUUUCCCCAUAUCCUAUGA